CUAAACAUUUAACAUGAAAAAAGUUAAUUUGUUAUUUGAAUAUGUUCUCCUUCUAGAAAAAUAGAUAUGGGAUCAAGUCUCAGUGCUGAGGACCUUAGUUGGCUCAAGGAGAAGACGGGAGAAUCCGAGAGUAUUUUGAAUAAAGCAUACAAGGAUUACAAGAAAGAUAUGAAUGGUGCAACAGAAUUAAACUUUGAGAAUUUCUGCGCAAAAAUAGCACAAUUUCAAGGUCGUUACGUUGAGGAUAUUCCAGAUCAAGAGAAAGAAGGGUUUAAACAUCUAUUCAGAGCUUUUGACCGGGAUGGAAAUGGAUUUAUAAACUUUAGGUCAUUUUUUAUUAAAGAAUUUUUUAUUCCUGAAGGGUAUAACCAUCACGGGAUUUCGAACAGGAAUGAACUUAAUCCGUAA